AUGGAGGCAAGGACAGACGCGGCGGAGAUAGAGCACGGAAGCGGCGACGGCGGAGACCCAACCAGAGCUCUGAGGUGCUGUGAUUGGAUGGCGCAGAGACUGACUUGCGUUUCACAGGAGCAAUGUGAAACGUUCCUCUGGAGCCCUGCCUCAGUUACCCUGACGAUAGUUGCAGCCCUGCAUGGAGGUCUUCGCCUUGGUCGCGUACCUUGGCGGACGGCAGCCCGCAGCCCGGGGCCCGAGGGGCGCAACGUAGGGCGCCGGCACUCGAUGUUCCACAACACCUUCUUCCUCAGCCCCUCAGAGAUCUUGGGCAACGUCGAACACGUUGUAGAAGACACGACAGAAUUCCGGCCGGGUGUCCUCGUUUGUUGCGGUCAGGAGGCGGUGAACGAUACGUUAGGAGGCCGCAGUGAUGGACAGGCGACAGCUUCUGAUCCUCCGUCGAUCAAAAUGGCGCUAAAAUUGCACUAUUUUAAAAAGUUCCUCCUUUCUGGAGGUACUUACGCUGCUACCGCUCUCACAUCUGGGGACGGACAGGGAGGAAAUUUAACUGGAGGAGACAAGGAAACUGGAAAGGAUGGAAAGCAAGGACAGGGUGAAUCUGGUGACAACUGCGACCCUUGUACGGGAAAGUUAAUGCGACGCACUGACCUGCCAUUGUAUAGUGAAACCCAUCCAGAAAAAGGGGAUCCAUGUGAUGAACCACCAAGUAACCUAGAAAAAGGAAUUAGUGCGAUACGGAAAGAAUUGUGGGUAUGGUCUGAUAAAUACGAAGGUUACAAAGAGAAAAUUAAGGAUGUGGUAAUAACUGGAAAAGAGCACUCAUCUGUUUUAAUUGAACAGCUGAGAAAAGAUGAACUUCCUGUACCUCGAGCUGGGGCAAUAGCAAUCAGUGGUUUGGCCGGUGUAGUCCUCGGUUUGCGGGGUGGAUGGUUUAGGCGAAUCAUUUAUGGCUCAACAUGUGCUGGUCUUAUGGCAGCAGUGUGCUACCCAAACGAAGUAGCUGAUAUUUCUGAAGAUACCUUUGAAACUGCCAAAAAGUAUAUACUAAUAACGUAUAAUUUUAUUUAUGGAGUGAAACCAGAAAGUCUGAAACUGCCAUCACCUUCUCAACUGUUGGGUAGUCCUGUGGAGGCUCCUGUUAAGGGAAAAAGUGAUGUGAAGACCUCUGUUCCGGCUGUUUCAGAAAAGGAACCAGAGGCAUCGGUGAGAAUUAUUCAACCUCACGAAUGUCCCGUCGAACCUGACGGACCUGAUAUCCCUGAUGCACCUGAAUGUCCAGUGAUCAAUAUCCUUCCUCACGAAUGCCCCAGCAAGCCUGACGGUCCAGGACUUGAUGAGCCCACGCCUGAACCUAUCCCCGAGUCCAUCCCUGAGUCCAUCUUUGAGCCUGUCCCUGAAGACCCUAGUUGUACCUGCCCACUUGCCACUGGCCGCUACAAGUCAGAGCAAGGUCCCCCCUUCAAAUCAUCUUUUCGGUCGCACUUCGACCAGUUCGCAGAGGAAUCAGCUGAUGUGGGCUGA